AUGAGCUCCAAUCGGGGAGAAGGCCAGGAAGGCGGCAACAAUGAAGACGUGGAGGCAGAUGAGGCGCUUCGAGAUUCGGAGGGCAGGAUAGCGACUGGAGAAGAAGGAGAAGAUACGGAAGAGCCCGACGUUGACUUUGGGGACUACAUGGAACCUGGGUCGAGAUAUGAAGUUGAGGCAGAGGAGGCAGAUGUAGAACAGGGCCAAGUCCACGAGAACGGACUGGAUGUUGCAAGCAGUACAGAAGAAGAGGAUGCAUUGCAGCUCAUGAGAGAGCAUGACCAGGAGCUGCGGGAUGUUGGCCCCGACUCUGGCCCUAUUACCCCAGUGAAUCAAAGUCCACUUGCGAGUCCAAUCGAUUCCGGUUCCAUCCCAGAUGACACACCCUCCGUUCAAGGCUCUCUCGCUUCUUCGCUGGGCAGAAUGGCCUCGCCUGGUUCGCGUAAAACAGUGUCAAGAACUCCUUCUGGAGCACUGCAACCAUUUGAGCGUCGCUUCGAAACCAGGUUGUCCGCUUCUCCGACCGCUUCUCCCAGAGCACAGUCCCCUGCGUUUCUAAGUCCGCAUUCCCGACAAAUAUCGCUCUCAUCGCGCAUCUCAGGCGUUUCUUCACAAGACGAAGGUUCUGGGGCCGACACACCCCAAGCUCCUUGGGAUGUCAUUCGCUGGACAAAACUACGGAAGAUCACGGGGCAGGCGUUUUCGGAAGUAGGGAAACGCAACUUUGGACGGCCGACAUGCAUGGCUGUCUCUGCGUUGAUUGCAAUAGGAACAUCGAAAGGUCUCGUUCUUGGGUUCGACUAUCACCAGACACUAAAGAUCAUCAUUGGCCAAGGGACGAAAGCGACAGAGUGCGGAUCAGUCACGGCUCUUACUGUCUCUGCGGACUAUUCUACCAUCGCGAGUGGCCAUGCCAAUGGACAUAUCUUCACUUGGGAAAUCAACAGACCCGCGAGACCUUUCUUACAGAUUCCAACAUUGGACCGAAGCCUGCUACAGCAAUCCCAACAUCCCGAUGGACAUCUUCCUGGAAGUGCGAUUUUACAUAUUGGAUUCCUAGGGACAAGGCACACUGCUCUUGUGUCCGCGGAUGCAGCAGGAAUGGCAUUCUCCCAUCUUGCCACUCGUGGUCUGGGCCCGGUAACCAGAACGAUCAGAACCACACGCUUACUGGGUCGAUAUCCGGCUGCAGAUCCCCAAGCUGAGCGUGUGCGAAAGCCAAGUUCCAUUUUGGCAUUUUCUCCGCUACCACUAGGAAAUGUCGAACAGGCGACGGAUGGCAUGGGGCUGACUGCAUUGCUGACCCCAUAUUUGCUUGUGAUUGUGUCCACCACUCCAAUCGCGCAGACCCAGCACAAAUGCCCUCGUCCCAAGGAGAUAUCGCCUCACAGUACGCUCAGCGGUUGCCUCGCUUGGUUCCCAGCAGUGAAGCUCAAAAGCACGAGCACAGACGUAGACAAAGGGAUUUCGGACACGAAGCUCGUCUAUUGCUGGUCGAAUGUUUUGACAAUACUCGAUGUCAAGGUCGUAGAAAAUGACAAGGGUGCGGAUCCCCAAAAGCCACCAUCCCUUGAGUUCCGUCCAAGAAGCCGAUGGCGCGCUGAAGAAGCCAUUGUGGCAAUUCAGUGGUUAGGUCGAUCCGUCCUAGGUGUCUUGACCAUCAGCCAAAGGCUACUCAUUCUGGAGGACGCGACAUUGCAGGUCACCGAUUCUAUCGACUUGCUGCAACGGCACAUUUACCAUCAGGACCUCUUCUCUCACCAGUUGCAUGCUGUAGUAGAGCAGCUGAAUACUGAGGAUCCGUCAUUGCACGGCGUAGUGGCAGACGCGUUCUACAUGAGCUACAAAGUCUACAAAGGAAGAGCCUUCCUGCUCGGAUUCAACGACCUCACUGUAGGCACGUUGUCGAAUUGGGCAGACAGAUUGAUGGCGCUCAUGGAAACCGGAGAUCAUAUCGCGGCAAUCCGAUUGGCAACCGACUACUACUCCGGCAGCGCCAACAAUGUGACUAUCGGCUUGCCUGACAAUGACAGCACUCGGCAUGAGAUGGUCAGGGAACGACUGCUGGCCAUGAUCUCAGCAUCUAUGAACUAUACGUUUUCUCAGCAAGAUGACCAGCGAGAGGUUAGACUGAAGGAGCUGGUCGAGGUGUGCUUCGAGGCUUGUGUCACGAUGAAGGAGACCGAUUACCUUUUCGCCGAUGUAUUCGAUUGGUUUCAAGAAGCAGAUGAAAAGUCGGUCUUUAUAUCCACGCUAGAGCCGUACGUCUUGGAUGGCGAGGUUCAGAUGCUACCUCCCGAGGUAGUGAAAGCCGUGGUUGCCCACUUCAUCGAGGAGAAUCAAGCCAGUCGCUUGGAGGAGCUUCUCUGCCGGCUUGAUCCUCAUUCAUUCGAUUUGGAUCAAAUUACGGUACUGUGCCAGCAGCAUAGCCUCUACGACGCUCUCAUCUAUAUCUGGACGCAAGCAAUUGGUGACUACGUGACUCCUCUAAUCAACCUGCUGUCAUUAGUCAAGAUGCUACAACAAGGCGACGAAGACGAAGAUCUCUGUGGCAAUCCGUUUUACAAAUCAGCCGCUAAAGUGUAUCCAUAUUUGGCAUAUUCCCUCACCAGCCGGCGGUAUCCGAGUGGAAACAUGAUGGACGACCUCGAGGCCUCUCGAGCAAAGACAGAUUUGUACAGCUACUUGUUUGCCGGCACUCCCAUUGCUUGGCCACAACGCAGUGAGAAGAUCUUUCGGACGGCAGACAACCCAGAAGACGAGCCGGCAUUUCCGUACCUCGGUAUGCUACUGCAAUUCGAUGCUCCUGCAUUUAUGAGUGUGCUCAAUGAAGCCUUUGAGGACUCCUUCCUGAACGAGGCUGAGGAUGAUAGUGGCGUUAAUGGCGACUCGAGCGUCAACGGCACAUCAGAGCGGCAAGUUCACAAGAAAAGCCGACAGCAAAUCAUCGAGAUCAUGCUGGAUGUCAUGCGUCAAGGGGAUUUUGAGCCUGUGCAAGUCAUUUACCUCGACAUGUUCGUCGCACGAAGUCUGCCGAAGUAUCCUGGUCAGCUGAUACUUUCUGGAACGCUGUUGAACAGCGUACUACAACGACUAUGCAAGCCGCCAGCGGAUGGACUGCGGGACGACUGCGAACUGAGCGUGGAAUACCUUCUGUCGGCGUACCAUCCCCCUAACAUCCCAGGUCUGAUUGAAGCUGUCAGAUCGGCCAGAUUCUAUCGAGUGCUGAAGUCGGUCUAUCGAGGGGAGCGGAUGCUCACAGAGCUUCUUGAGACGUAUUUCGAGGAUCCGACGGGCAAGGAGAACGUGUUUGACUGCAUCGCUCUUUGCUUCCGAGCUAGCACCGCUCUAAACGAGAAGCAGCUCCAAUCGGUCAAGCAAGUAAUCACCAACCACGUUCAAGAACUUGCAGACAUCGAAGUUGUGCAGACAUCCCGAACUCUUGCCGCAUCCGCAGCGGAGCUACUAGAAUCAAGCGUCAACGCUCUAUCUGAUUCAUAUCAACAGUUCGUGUUUCUUCGAGCCUUGCUAGAACCAGGACUUUUGAGGGAUCGUCAAUUCUCAUCAUCACCCUUGAAACAAGACCAACAAUCAGCGUUCACUGAGCAAUAUGUCCAGCUCAUGUGUAGGCAUGAUCCGACGCACGUAGCAGACUACAUCAAGACACUGCCUUCAAGCGACCUGCGACUCGACGAGGUCUUACCAGCCAUGGAGAGUAGCGGUGUUAUCGACGCAGCGGUAGCCCUUCUCGCCCGCGACGGUCUUGCUCGAGAUGCCAUGGAUCGUCUGGUCACACAUAUGAAAAGUCUCGAGGAUGCUUUGACCAGCCUGAUUGAUACCGCUGCGGCCAGGCCGGAUGUGACCGUACCAGAAGAUACCACUGAAGAGCUUGUGGAGGACAUAGAGAAGUACACCAAAGUCGGCAUCUGGUUGUGCCAAGGACAGAGCGCCACCGCGCAGAGAAGACCUCGGCCACGCACAAAUCUGGCGUGGGAAGUGAGCGAAGAUGACCUAGAUUUAGACGAGUAUCUCUGGCUCAAUCUGACGGAUGUCAUCGUGCAAGUCACGCAAAAUGCCACUGCUGCCUUCGACCACCUCGACAGCCACCCUACCAACGCCCAGGAAUCGUUUGACAGUUCCCGCUUGGCGUCCUCGCUUCGGUCCAGCGUUCAACAAGCCUUCACUGCGCUCAUGGCUUCGACAGCAACACCCAGUAUCAAAAGUGAGCAGGACAGCUUGAAGCAAUCGAAGCAGCCAUCGGACCACAUGAGCUUUCUCCGCGUACUGCGUGCCUUCCUAGCCCGCGCCGCCAGGACUGCACCCUCCCUUGCCGACUUACGAGCCGUUCUCCAAGAUAUCCUCUCCGCGUAUGCCUUCGAACAAGGCGUCCUCUCCCUUGCCAACGAGCUCCUGGGCUCCGACGUCUUCUCGGACAUCCAGGAAGCCAACACCCUACGCCAACGAGGUUGGAGGCCUCGCUCGCAAGUCUGCGAACGCUGCAAGCGACGUGCGUGGGGUACGGGUAUUGGGGAAGUCGUCUGGGACGAAUGGGUCACGCGUGAACAGGAGCGGGAGGCGGAAAGGACGAGGAAGAUGCUGGAGCGUGGUGGUGGGGAGCAGGCGAGGCGUCUUUCUAGAGGGAAGGCGAAGGUGCCACCCACGCCGACGAGGAGUAGUGGUGAUGAUGGCGAGGGCGAGGAGACGAAGCGCAUGGCUUUGGUGGUGUUUGCUUGUAGGCAUGUUUUUCAUCGGGUCUGUCUCGAUGAAGGAAAGGGAAUUGGAGGAGGAUACAAUCGGGGUGGUGGUUCUUCGGGAGGGAUGUAUAGAUGUCCCGUUUGUACAGAGCAGAGAUGA